AUACACUAUUCAUUCAUUCCAUUUAUAUCACAGCGUUACUUAAAAUUCCCAUACGAUCACAUAAUAAAAACGGAACCUCUAUUCCCCAUUUCCUAUUCCCACGUAUACAUAUAUAUGUAGCGAUCCCUCUCUCUGUCUCUCCCCCAAUUCUAGGGUUUUGGAGCUCCCCCCCUACGAUCUCCGCCUCCGAUGAGAGGCGAUAGCGGCGGCGACGGGGCGAUGCGGCGGUGCUCGCAGUGCGGGAACAAUGGGCACAACGCGCGCACCUGCCCCGGGCGCGGGGUGAGGCUCUUCGGGGUGCGCAUAGCCGAGGGGUCCAUCCGGAAGAGCGUCAGCAUGGGGAACAUCUCCCACUACGCCGCCGCGAUCGGCGGCGCCUCUCCCGGCGACGGCGGGGCCGCCGCGGCGGCGGCGGUGGCGGAGUGCGGGGACGGGUACGCGUCGGAGGGAUUCGAGGCGGGGAACGCCUCCGCGCGGCGCGAGCGAAAGAAAGGUGUGGCAUGGACUGAAGAGGAGCAUAGAAUGUUUUUAGUGGGCCUACAUAAGCUUGGAAAAGGUGAUUGGCGAGGGAUAUCUCGUAAUUUUGUCAUAACAAGGACGCCUACUCAAGUUGCAAGCCAUGCUCAAAAGUAUUUUAUUCGUCAAUCGAAUUCAAGUAGAAGGAAGAGAAGAUCAAGCCUUUUUGAUAUGGUCACCGAUGAACCUGCUGACAUUCAGCUGCAUCCUACCACUUCACAAGAACUGGAAGAAAAAGGAAUCAACACGCAACCUGCACUUUUAGUUCAUCAGGAGGAACACAAGCCAACUGGUUCAAGUUCAAAUGAUGGAGAAAGAGAUUUUCCAAAGGCAGAAAAUUUUUCCAGGACUUAUCCGGUGAUAUUUCCUGCUUAUUUCCCCCCAUUUGUUACUUUUCCGUACCCAAGUUGGCCCAUCUAUGGAUCAGCAGAAACUGUGGAGAAGGCACAUCAAAUAAUCAAGCCAACGGCAGUGCAUUCAAAGGCUCCUCUAAAUGUCGAUGACCUUGUUGGUAUGUCUCAAUUGAGUCUAGGAGCAAAAUCCAGUGCUGAAAACCGCGUUUCGCCUCUCUCACUUGAAGUGCUUCAUGGGUCAGGGAGACAAUCUGCUUUCCAUGCUAAACUCCCAGCAAGUUGUUCGAGUAUUGGUUCGCCUGACAGUCCGAUCCAUGCGGUCUAAGUGACUUGCCUGGUAACAAAUCUCCUUGCCAGGGCUUUCUUGAUGAUCACAGAAAGUUGCAGAUUAUUUUUUAUUAUUUCAAGAUCAAUAAAUUCAAAACUGGUGGCUCACUGUA